AUGUCUAAAGACACGGUUCUGCUAUGCUGCGAGUGCGACACGACGUUCCACCGCUCGUGCCUGGCUUCACCACCGGCGUCUAUGCCCGACGGAUGUUACUGGGCUUGCGACGACUGCCGAGCCAACGAGUCGGUGGAGAAGACUCCGGUCAAGGACAGCUCGUCGGAAGAAGGCAAAGUUGAGAACAACAGCAGCAAGAUCUCGUCGUCAUCGUCGUUUCAGCCCUUGGCGCCAAUUAGUCUCGGUCCGUGGGUGUUUGGCACGCGCCAACUGGAACUCAAGGGCCCUCCGUUCGAGUGGAAUUGCGUCCCCAAUCCCGACCCGAGUAUUCCCGACGCUUCGCUCUGGACUUCGGAAGACGUUCAAAGUUACUUCAGCCGGCUGGGAUUCGAAGAGCAGGCCGCUCUGUUGCGCCACAAUGAAAUCGACGGUCCGUCCCUGUUGCUGAUGAAGAGAAACGACGUCGUCGGCAACAUGGGAUUGAAGCUGGGCCCGGCCGUCAAGAUCUACAACCACAUUCGCCGUCUGCAGACACGUCGCGACGAUCUGAUUUACGCUUAAGCCAAUUGUAGAAGAAAAACCGUCGCUAAGUUUGCAACAUUUCCCUUCCACCUUUCUCCUCUCCUCACCAACAUUUUUGAAACUUGGAACAAGAAAGCCGGAAGAAGAAGAAGACAAAAAUCCCCCAAAAUGCAAUGAAAUCUCGACGCCGAUCAAGUUCAAAACAAGCAGACGUGGAAUUGCAUAAUCAUCUUUUCGUUAUUCCUUUCUUGUUGUAAUAAUCGUCACACAUUUACAAUAAAGGGAAAAACGAAAUAAGCUGCCCACAAUAGUUCAGUUUCAGUUCGAAUUCCAGCGAAGCGGCUACAUACACGCAUGAUGAGAAACACUUACACACAGACAUACGCACAUCACACUCGCGCGCGCGCGGCAAUUGCACACACACACACACACACAAACCAACAUUUUCUCGAAAAAAUCAGAAAUAUUCGUCUGCGCCCAAAAGAAAACCAGAAAACCAACGACACGAAAACGCGCAACUCAAAAUGAAACGGGGGAAGGAACACGGAAAUAAUAAUGAAACGGUUGGGAGGAUUGGCCACGACGAUGAAGAGAAUAAUAAUACAAUCAUUAAUGAGUGGGGGAUCGAACGCGCUGACAGUAUGAGGCUGAGAGACAUGAGCCAACGGAAAUCGGUUGUAAUCGUUCAGAAACACAAAUGAAACUCGACGGUUUUUAAAAAAAAAAAGAAAACUUAAGUACAAAGUUGAAAUCGCCCCGAGGAAGGCCUUUCCGGUUUCCGUGUUUUGUUUUCUUAAAAAAAAAAACAAUUAUCGCACAAAACAACGAAAUAAAUAAAUUACAAAGUUAAAAAUAAAAUCCCAAAAUUACAGCGUGCCAUUUUUUUUGUUUUAGUUAUUUGUCUUCUCGUGACGGGAAUGAUAUGGCAGAAUGCAGAAUGUUGGUGUGGUGUGAGCUGCCUUCGAUAAUAACUGACGUGGGGCUCCGUAAAAAAGCGCACAAAUUCGGUACGGUAUGGUAAUAAAAAGCGGAACACUGAAAAUAAUCGGUAUUUGCGGGAAUUUUUGUCUUUUUU